UCCCCUCCGCGGUCAAACCCAAAACGGAAUGGCACCGCCGCCUCGCCUCCUCCCUCUCCUCCUCGGUCGCCUCCUCGUCUCCGGCGACCUCCUCCGCAACACCGCCCAUCUCCGCCGCAUCGUGCCCCUACUCCCUUCCCACCCCCACCUCGCCGCCUCCCUCUCCAGCCUCUACUUCCCGCUCUUCCCCUCCUCAUGCAUCUUCCUCCACAACCUGCUCAUCCGAGCCUCCGCAACCUCCCCGUCUCCCCGCCUCGCCUUCGCCGCCUUCUCCUCCAUUCUCCGCUCUGGCGAUAUUCCCGACCGAUUCACCUUCCCUUCCCUCCUCAAGUCGGCGUCCAGGCUCGCUUCUUUCCCGCGCACGGGCGCGCAGGUGCACGCACAGGCCGUCCGGCGCGGCUUCUUGAUCGACGUCUUUGUCGUCAAUGCGCUCCUCGCGAUGUACGCCGCCUUCCGGGACACGGGCUCCAUGCGGGAGGUGUUCGAUUCGUGCGCAGGGGUCACCGACGUGGUGUCUUGGAACACAGUGCUCGGCGGCUAUGUGAAGUGCGGGGACAUCAGGAACGCCCAGAUGGUGUUCAAGGAAAUGCCGCAGAGGAAUGGGGUGUCCUGGAGCGCGAUGGUUGGGGCAUACGCCGGUUCUGGCGAGUUGGAUGUGGCCAGGGAAAUGUUCGAUGAGAUGCCGGCCAUUGGGAGGAACAUUGUGACAUGGAACUCGAUGAUUACAGGAUUCGCGCGGCAUGGGCUACUGCCACUGGCUAGGAAGAUGUUUGAUGAGAUGCCGGUACGGAAUCUGGUAUCGUGGAACACAAUGAUGCGGGGGUAUGCAGUGAACGGUGAGAUGGAUGGUGCACGGAAGCUGUUUGAUGUGAUGCGGGAGAAAGAUGUGGUUUCCUGGACGUGCAUGAUUUCUGGGUAUGCACAGGCUGGACGCUACGUGGAAACCCUUGAGCUGUUCAGGGAAAUGCAGAGCGAGAGCAGUGGCCGUCCUAAUGAGGUGACCAUGGUGAGCGUGCUCUCAGCAUGUGCACAUUUAACAGCUCUGGAAGAAGGGAGGUGGGCUCACACUUACAUUGACAAGCACAAGAUGGUGCUCGACAAUGAGUUCAAUCUCGGUGCUGCCCUCAUUGACAUGUAUGCCAAGUGUGGGAAAACUGACAUGGCUGUCAAAAUCUUCCACUCCUUGGACCAGAAGAAUAUCUCCACCUGGAAUGCACUCAUCACUGGGUUGGCAGUGAAUGGUGAUGUUCAGGAUUGCAUCGGUUUGUUUGAGCAGAUGAAGAGGUCAGGAGAGAAACCGAAUGACAUAACGUUCGUUGGUGUGCUGACUGCUUGUGCCCACAGCGGGCUGGUGGAUGAGGGUCGACGAUGCUUUCAGAGCAUGUCAUCUUGCGGAGUGCAGCCAGAGGCAAAGCAUUAUGGCUGCAUGGUUGACAUGCUAGGCCGAGCAGGGCUUCUUGAAGAGGCAGAGGAGCUGAUAAGGAGCAUGCCGAUGGCCCCAGAUGUCAUGAUUUUGGGCGCACUACUAGGUGCCUGUCGAAUGCACAAGAGAUUUGAUGUGGCUGAAAGAGUCCAGAGUGAAAUUAUUGGUCUCAACACACGGCAGGCUGGCUGCCAUGUCUUGAUAUCAGACAUUUAUGCUGCUGCUGGCAAAUGGGGAGAGGCUUUAGAUGCAAGGCGUGUUCUUCAGAAGUGCACAAUCAGGAAAUUGCCAGGAUCAUCCAGCUCGAUGCGAUAGGUUUGAAUUUAUUGCAAAAGCCUAAGGCCCUUCCGAGUGCUCCACCAUGGACAGGUGCUAAGCAUGCCACAUAAACGAAAAAAUGACAUGGCAUAACAUUGAAGGAGGGGGGAGAGUACUUUGGUGACUCCAGGAAGAACCAAUGCCAAGCGCGAGAACCUAUGCAAACCACUUAAGUGAAAUCAUUUGACCAAUGCAUGAAAGACUUUAUGUGCUAACUCAUUAAAUAAAGUGUGCUUAGCAACAAUAAGUUAAGCACCUAUGCAUUCGGGACUUGAGUUGCUAAGGUAUUUAAUGCAUUUAGCACCUCAUCUAAACACCUUUGCAUUGGAAGAGGUCUAAGCCAUCGCAUAUAGGGCUGCAUUCUCUAGCAUUAAAUGGUGUCCUUCCUAUUGGUAUUGGGAUUAGACCAUUAGAAAUUUCUGUUAAAAGUGUGAGGUCCUCUAAAAGUGUUCAACUGCCCUGUGUGCUUCAUAUCUGAAUUUGAGAUGAAACAGAACAUAUGCUUGUCCCUUCUUGCAGAUAACCGUUUCUCUGCUCUGCAGUAUUGGUCAUCCGUAAUUCUUGUAGAAUAGGAAUUGAACUUACCAAAUUUUACUGAUGGGAUUAGCUUCUCAAAAUUUGGUUGUAUCAUCUUUGCAAUCUGUACAAUAACAUUUCCAAAUUUCAG